UUAAGCGUGUAUACUACCACACGGUCAAGCAUUGGUGCUGAGAGUAAUGUAGAUCUGGUUUUGAACGUGGAGGAUUUUGAUAUUGAGUCCAAAUUUGAAAGGACAGUGAAUGUCUCUGUACCAAAGAAAACCCGAAAUAAUGGCACGUUAUAUGCAUAUAUAUUUCUUCAUCAUGCUGGCAUUUUGCCUUGGCAUGACGGUAAACAGGUGCAUAUAGUAAGCCCUCUGACCACAUACAUGGUCCCUAAACCAGAAGAGAUUAAUUUGCUCACUGGAGAGUCGGCCAUGCAGCAAAUUGAAGCAGAAAAACAGACCAAUGCUCUCGAUGAACCUGUCUCUCACUGGAGGUCAAGAUUAACCUUAAAUGUCAUGGUGGAAGAUUUUGUGUUUGAUGGAUCAUCCCUCCCUGCUGAUGUUCACCGUUACAUGAAAAUGGUUCAGUUGGGGAAGACAGUGCAUUACCUUCCAAUAUUAUUUAUUGAUCAGCUAAGCAACAGAGUGAAAGAUUUGAUGGUUAUAAAUCGUUCUACAACAGAGCUACCUCUUACAGUGUCAUAUGACAAAAUAUCUCUUGGAAAACUCCGAUUUUGGAUCCACAUGCAGGAUGCUGUGUACUCCCUCCAACAAUUUGGGUUUUCAGAAAAGGAUGCAGAUGAAGUAAAAGGAAUUUUUGUUGAUACUAACCUGUACUUUCUGGCUUUGACAUUCUUCGUAGCAGCUUUUCAUCUUCUCUUUGAUUUCCUUGCAUUCAAAAAUGACAUCAGCUUUUGGAAGAAAAAGAGGAGCAUGAUUGGGAUGUCUACAAAAGCAGUGCUUUGGCGGUGCUUUAGUACUGUGGUUAUAUUUCUUUUCCUUUUGGAUGAACAAACAAGUUUAUUGGUACUAAUCCCGGCAGGCAUUGGUGCAGUGAUUGAGCUCUGGAAAGUGAAGAAAGCUUUGAAAAUGACAAUCAAGUGGCAAGGCUUGAGACCCAAAAUUCAGUUUGGUACAUACAAUGACUCUGAAAAGAAAACUGAGGAGUAUGAUACCCAGGCUAUGAAAUACUUGUCAUAUUUGCUCUAUCCACUGUGUAUUGGAGGUGCAGGUUACUCCUUGCUGAACGUCAAAUACAAAAGCUGGUAUUCCUGGUUGAUUAACAGCUUUGUCAAUGGAGUGUAUGCUUUUGGAUUCCUGUUUAUGCUGCCCCAGCUGUUUGUAAACUACAAGAUGAAAUCUGUUGCACACUUACCGUGGAAGGCUUUCACAUACAAAGCGUUCAACACCUUUAUUGAUGAUAUAUUUGCCUUUAUCAUCACUAUGCCAACAUCUCAUAGGCUGGCGUGCUUUAGAGAUGAUGUCGUGUUCCUGGUCUAUCUUUACCAAAGAUGGCUUUAUCCUGUGGAUAAGAGCAGAGUGAAUGAGUAUGGAGAAUCUUAUGAAGAAAAGCCAAAAAAAAAAGCUCAUAGAGAAUAACUAAGAAUUGAAGAAGAUUCUGACCCCUGGACUCUUACUGGCUUCAUGUAUUAUCUGGUCUAAAGGAAGGAAAAACUUAUUUAAUAAGAGUAUUUUUAAAGCUUAUGACAGAACUACAUGGACAAUACAUCUUCUAUAUUGCCAAAAUCUAGUUUUGAUAUCCUAUUUUAAGACCCUUUUUGUCCUCACAAGGUCCACAGUCUGCCAGAUGUCAUUAAAUAAACUUCCUGCAUUUAAACUUCUCUUCAGUGAAAACCUAAGUGUCCUGACCAUUGUAAUUAAUAUCCAAAUCUACGUUUUUAAGACAACUCGCUAACUGAAAGUGUGGAGCCCAUGCCACUAGGCUAUGAAGAGUGAAAAAACUAACCAGUGCGUUACAGCAGAAUUGAGUAUUAUUGCCAAACUGGAGGCUGUCAAACAUAAAAUGUAUAAUAUUGGA